AUGGGUGGCAGCAAACAAUUUGUGAUGAAUCCGUUCCCGUCAAUGGAACUAUCGUUGGGCGACAAGAAGCAGCUACGAAAGACCGCAAACGGCUUUCUUAUUGAAUCCCUUCAAUCGUACGAGACAUAUCUCAAGGACGAUGAACGGAAAGUAGACGAGCGUCGCUGGAAGCCGCUCAAGACGAAAGAAAAUCUGCGCUUGUUUAUUGAGAGGGAGGUGCGCACAACGACCGACGGCAACUUCUCCAUGAUAAACGAGGCAUCGGAGCAGGCUGGCACACCAGUGAUAUUGUGCGCUGGCACAAUGCAGGGCAAUCUUGAGGACGUUGUAUUUGGUACAGUAAGCUCGACUUCGGAGGACAUGUGCUUUAACGCUACUUACAUUGACGACCUCACGGGAGCAUCAGUUCUUGCCAGAGUUGUGGAACCUACAGUUGAGGAACCGUUGCAGACGCUUGCACUUAAGUGGAUGGAGGUAAACCUGCCCUUGCACUCAAACAAACGCGACUUCGUGUUCAUUGAGGCCACGGGUCUCACGCAACUUGCCAAUGGGGAGCGUGUGGGAUACCGGUUAAUGUAUUCGAUCGGCUUCCCGCAGACGCCGGAGCUUCCACACCGCGUGCGCGCCAGUGUCAAUGUCUUUUUUCUCUACCGUCAAGAUCACAACCAGUGCGUUGAGUUGUUUGCGUCUGGCGUCGUGGCCAACGGUUCAACUGUCGAGUCAUUCCUGGUCUCAGCCUGGGCCAUGAAAGUGUUCACGGCACUUAAAUUUGCUCACUGCGGCGAGAUGAAGAAGCUUGCAUGGCUGAUGCAACGCCGCUACGCUUUGGACAAGCAGCGGGGUGCCCCUCUUGAAGAAGGCGAGUGCUCAAACUGUGGCACUCCGAUUAGCUCUAAAAUCUUCGGCAAGUUUGGACGAUCUCGCGACUCGUGCAAACUCUGCCAUCAGCUUGUGUGCGGUACUUGUCGCGUGAAAAAGCGGCUGCACUUUGUUACACUGGAGAUGACGUUUGAGGAGCGGACGACGUCGUUUUGUCCUUCCUGUAUCAAGGAGGCCUUUGACCUUAACACAGAAGAGGCUGCUCGAGCUCAGAUUGCAAGUAUCAACUCGCAGUACGCCUUCCAUUCAGGUGCAGACUAUUCUGCAUUUGAUUGUAGAAACGAAGUAUCAGCAGCCAAGGGUAGCACAUGGCGUCCAUUCUACUUUCUAGCAGCGCAGAAAGUAGAUUGGACGCCAUGUGCUACUCCUUUUGGAUGCUUUGCGUCUUUCAAGGCGACGGGCUAUUCAAAACUUCGUACUGGCGAGAAGCUUGACUACCACCUUAUUCUCUCGAUUCCUUUCCUAGACGCCCAAGGUUGGCAACAACAUGUGGGGACAAGUGUUCACUUGCGGCUAGUACAAACAGUGCAGGAACAAAACCGUGCCCGAACGUUGCUGGAUUACGGGGAACGUGUCGCUCGAUUUCACGCGGUCAAGUUAGUAUCGGUUUAG